AUGAGAAAAAUUGACAAAAUGGCCACAGGCAGCUGGACAGUAAACAACACCCCUGCCUCCUCUGUAGUGAAGAACUGCCACCCCAAUCUCAAGAUGUUCCUUGCAGCUUUGUCCUUUGCUUACUUUGCCAAGGCCUUAUCUGGCAGCUACAUGAAGAGCACAAUUACACAACUAGAGAGGCGAUUUGACAUACCCAGCUAUCUGAUCGGGAUCAUCGAUGGGAGCUUUGAGAUAGGGAAUUUGCUGGUGAUUGCUUUUGUGAGUUAUUUUGGGGCUAAGCUUCACCGACCCAAGAUCAUAGCAAUCGGAUGUGUCUUGAUGUCCUUAGGAACCUUUUUGAUCGCCAUGCCUCAUUUCAUCAUUGGCCGCUAUAAGAUCGAAACAACCAUUAGAUCUUCAGUGAAUUCAACCAAUACCCUUUCUCCAUGUCCAGCAAGCUCACCUGAGUCCUCCAGGGCUGGUGACAGACCAUCUUUACUGCCAUCUAGAGGCUGCGAGCAGGAGUCCAGUGUUUCUAUGUGGAUCUACGUGUUACUGGGAAAUGUCCUCCGUGGGAUUGGAGAGACUCCUGUACAGCCUCUGGGAAUCUCCUAUAUUGAUGAUUAUGCACAGUCAGAGAAUGCUGCUCUCUAUAUUGGUUGUGUCCAAACCAUUGCCAUCAUUGGUCCUGUGUUUGGGUAUCUGCUAGGGUCACUUUGUGCCAGGAUCUAUGUCGAUAUUGGUUUUGUGGACAUGGAAACGGUCACCAUUACCCCUGCUGAUGCCCGCUGGGUGGGUGCAUGGUGGUUAGGCUACCUCAUUGCUGGCGCUAUCACCCUCGUUUCUGCAGUUCCUUUCUGGUUCCUGCCAAAAUCACUGCCACUGCCUGUGGAUAAACAUGAUAGCAGCUGCACUCCAGAGCAGACCAGGUUCAUCAAAGAUUCUCCUAGCAUGCAUCACAAGAUCAGACAGGAAGAACCUGCUAAUUUACAUCUGAUGGCUACCGAAUUUGUACCUACACUGAAGAGUCUCCUUGGAAAUCCUGUGUACGUCAUCUACCUGUGUGUGACAAUCAUUCAGUUUAACUCUCUCAUUGGUAUGGUCACCUACAAACCCAAAUUUAUUGAGCAACACUACGGCCAGUCAGCAUCGAAAGCUAAUUUUCUCAUGGGUGUAAUUAACAUCCCGGCUGUGGCCCUUGGGAUGUUCUCUGGAGGGGUUGUCAUGAAGAAGUACAAGCUGGGUGUCAUGGGAGCAGCUAAAUUUGCCUUUGGGACUUCCCUGCUGGGCUACUUCCUGUCACUUCUUUUCUUAGCCAUGGGCUGUGAGAACUCCAAGGUGGCAGGCAUCACAGUUUCAUACAGCGGAGUGGGAGGCUUGUCUUACCAGGAGCGUUCUCUCCUCGCUGACUGUAAUGUGGGCUGCAUGUGCUCAAGGAGAGAGUGGGAUCCAGUGUGUGGAGAUAAUGGGAUCACCUACGUGUCCCCUUGUUUAGCUGGAUGCACCUCAUCCUCUGGCUCUGGAAGGAACACGGUCAGAUUCGUGUUUGACAGUUGCAGGUGUGUCGCAGUGGGUAGUGACCAACCAGGCAACCUGACAGCUACUCCAGGUCAGUGUCCACGCAGAGACAGCUGUGACAUGGUCUUCCCUUACUUCUUGGCUCUGUCUGUCCUGAGUUCCUUCAUCAUCUCUCUUGGGGGAACACCCGGCUUCAUGCUGCUUGUCAGGUGCAUUAAGCCCGAGUUGAAAUCCUUGGCGCUUGGAAUCUACACAUUGGCCACUCGUACCCUGGCUGGAAUACCUGCACCUAUAUACUUUGGAGCCAUAAUUGAUACAACCUGCCUCAAAUGGAGUUACAAGACAUGUGGCGGAAGAGGUGCUUGCAGAAUAUAUGACACGUCAGCUUACAGGACGGUAUACCUGGGCCUUACGCUGGGCCUGAGGACAGUUUCUUUCUUAUUUUGCAUUUGGGGCUUUGCUCUACUCCGAAAACACAUUAAAAGGGAGGAGAAAAGUGUUCUGACCAAUGGGAAUGCUGAGUUGGAGUCACUGAGGAAAGAAGACAACAGCUCCAUACACUGUGAGCAGCUUAUACUGAGCCCAGACUGCAAUCCUGACAGAGAAACUCACUUAUGAGCAACAUUUUAUCCUCCUCUCCAGUGACUCAACUUGUGAAACAACUCACGUGCAUUGGGGUACAUUGUGGACAUUUUUCAUAGGGCGUACAGUAUAUUUGCGAGAGAUUUGUGCAGAAAUAUACUAUCUUAAGCAAAUUAUUUCAUUAAACAAAAGUGUGGUAUCUCUGUGUUUGUGCUUUUCAUGAAUGGAAA